AUGCUGCAUGCUGUUCCUGUGUUUCCUAUCGUCACUACCAAGGUACAACCAUGCCUGGUGAUCACGGAUACACCAUGCAUGCUUGCACCGAUCGCGGACAAGAAUCAUCCUGAUCUGCUGGAUGAAGGGGGCGCCCUGCCACGUAACGCCGAAGGUCAAGUUUCCCUGAAAGGACUGCAGCACAUCGGAGCCCGUGCACGCGACUUUCCGGAUCUGCACUCUGUGAAGGUGCCGCCGGGGGGAUUCCCAUCUGCGACCGCAUCGUCUGCAUUGGGGGCCCAACCCGUUCACAACGUGUACGCGGUCUAUGCCGCCGCGGAGCCUUCACCCGGCGUUCAAGCGCAGCUCGACUUCCGCACUCUACUUGGGCACCAUUCUGAUAUGGUUGAGAAGGAUCGUCAACUUCGAGCUGCACCUGACGCUGAGGGCGAUGUGAUAGGGGCAAGCGACUGUCGUCUUCCCCCAAGCGCAUCAGCGAGCUUGCGGAGAACACGCUCACCUCUCUACACAAUCAAGGAUGCUGGGCGAGAGGCAGCUGGGCGAGAGGCAGCUGGGCGAGAGGCAGCUGGGCGAGAGUCUGCUGCGGGUGAGGCACAGGGGGUGGGAGGGGAGCGGGGGGGUGGGGCAGACGAGACUCCACCAGAGCGCGAGAUAGCCGACUUGUCAACCAAGGAGCUUCUCGAUAUCUCCGGUCACCUCAUAGAAACUCUGAGGGUAGCAAUUGGAUCAACGGACGCCGCUGGCUUGACAAUGAUGUGCAUGCCUGAGUUUCUUGGAGACGAUGUGCUGUAUGUACUACAGUCAAUCAAUGGAAGGAGCUACAGGCGGAGCGGUAGAUGGCAUAGAGGAAGGUGUCGGCGAGGCUGCUCCGGUUUUGAGAAAAUUGGAGGACGCCGUCAACCUUUACCACCAGGCGGAGCGGUAGAUGGCAUAGAGGAAGGUGUCGGCGAGGCUGCUCCGGUUUUGAGAAAAUUGGAGGACGCCGUCAACCUUUACCACCAGAUGGCGCUUUCUAGCGACUCUCUGGGGGGGCAGUUGGACAAGAAUGGAAAGCUACCUGGCUACGGGGUCUCCUUCAACUUGAAGCGGGAACGUUCGUUUGGUGAAUUCGGGCACUUCUACGACGGCCAGAGAGUAGGUCUUUGGCUAGGCCCAGACGGGCCGCUCGAGGGCAACCACCAAGGGCCCUGCCAAAUGAAGUAUGGCGGAGUGUCCCGGUGCCCGCAGCUCACGGGCGUCAACUGCAACGUUCACGAACAAAACCACGAGAAGAAGACCAAGCACCUACCCAGCGUCAGCGGCAUGGGGUUCGACACAUUCACUUUUAACAUCACCUUGAUCAACGAGUUGGAAAAUGUAAAAAUCAACCGCAAGACAUGCAGCGUGGCAGUCUCAAGUGCCAUCGAACACCCCCACGAACGUCUGUAUGCCUGCCGUCAGGAAGUGUGGACUUGCGGUCGCUGCUUCUGCAGCGAGCCUUAUGAGGUCGUUCGACCAGUCCGGUAA